GUCCCAUCCCAAAGUGUAUUCCUUGCUCUUGUUAUGGCUGGGUCUUCCAUUUCAUUCUCCUUCGAUCACUUUAUGAUAACGAUUUUUAAAGCUUUUAAUGUUUUUUUCUUAUUUAGACAGGUAAUCUUCAUUGACUUCUCUUUGUGGUUAUUUAAUCAACUUUUUUAAAAGGCUUUUGCUAAAGUAUUUAACUCAUCUCCAGAUGAUCUGGAUAUGCAUGUAAUUUAUGACGUCAGCCACAACAUUGCAAAAAUUGAAGAACAUUUGAUUGAUGGAAGGCCAAAACAGCUCUGUGUGCAUCGGAAAGGAUCUACAAGAGCUUUUCCUCCACAUCAUCCGCUGAUCCCAGUCGAUUAUCAACUUACUGGCCAGCCGGUUUUAAUUGGAGGAACAAUGGGAACUUGCAGCUAUGUUUUGACUGGGACUGAAUUUGGAUUUGGAGAAACUUUUGGGACAACAUGUCACGGAGCGGGUCGAGCAAUGUCUAGAGCAAAAUCAAGACGGAAUUUGGGGUUCGAAGAAGUCCUAGAAGCUCUUAAACAGCAAGGAAUCUCUAUUAGAGUGGCUUCACCAAAAUUAGUUAUGGAAGAGGCUCCACAAUCUUAUAAAAAUGUAACGGAUGUAGUCAAUACAUGCCAUCAGGCAGGAAUAUCCAAGAAAGCCGUAAAACUUAGACCGAUUGCUGUGAUUAAGGGAUAAAAUUAAUUUUAAUUUGUUUAUUUUAUUUGUUUAAAUAAUUUAUUUUUGUUUUUAUUUUAAAAUUUUAAGUCUGAUAAAUUUUGAGAUGGUGAUUUUUCAUUUUAAAUUUGUAAAUUUUUCAAUUAUUUUAUCUCGUGGAAUGAUAUUUUUAUUUUUAAAUGUAUUCGCGUAAAAGGUAAUACUUAGGUUUUUCUGUUUUAGAUAGGCUUUAGCUGUGUGGGUAGUAUUUUGGGCCAUAAUUUUUUGAUUAUCUAGCAGGGCUAAUUUGGUCAA